GCCAAAAACCCUAGUCAUCUCCCCGCUUCCGCUCCCUCACAAAUUCCUUGAACCCCCGACGACAUAGAACCGAGGAAGACGCGGCGGGAGCUCGCCGGAGAAGGCUUCGACGGGACCGGCGGCAUGUUAGGGAGAAAAGGAGUUUGUGUAUACUGUUCACGGUUUUAAGUUAAAUCCAUUGAAUCCCCGGAUUUAGUUAAUUGCACGCGUCGCUUCUUCGGCUCCUUCGACGACUUUCCCUUGCUGUCGGAUUGGAAGUUACGAAAUUUUGUUCGGAAGCAAGAACGGGAGCUCGCUGGCUGUGAAGCCCUUUUCAUCCCUUUUGGCGACUUCGCACGCUGUUCUGCCUUCAUCUUGCUAGCUCUGGUCCUCAUCCAUGGCACCACGCGACGACAAGAGACAUCAGAAAAGCAAGAGAGCGCAUGCCAAAUCUAAACUCCAGAAUCCCUUGAAGAGACCCAAAUCAGAGUUCAAAAGGUCUAAGCACGAGCAGCCCGCCUCCGUUCUCUUUCAGGACCAGGACGAUGAGCCAGAAUUCCCGAGAGGUGGGGGAAGAGUUUUGAGCCGGGAAGAGGUGGCAGAAGCUCGUGCAGAAGCUGAGGAAGAAUUUGAGAGGGAACAAGGCCUGGCAAGCAGAGGCAGGAAACAACAAAAGAAGAAGGCGACGGUGAAGAGUUAUAAAUUUGGUGAAGAUGAGUGGGGGUCUCUGUUCGGUCAAGGCAUCACUGGGAAGCUUCCAAGGUUGACAAACAGAAUCACUUGGAAGAAUAUUUCUCCAGGAAUGAAAUUGUGGGGCGUGAUUACUGAAGUGAAUUUGAAAGAUCUUGUAAUCAGUUUACCAGGUGGGCUAAGAGGCUUUGUUCAUGCUGAAGAUGCUUCUGAUGUACUUGCUGAAAAUGGGGAUAAGGUGUCAUUUUCUAAAACAUUGCAUGUAGGGCAACUCGUUUCCUGUGUAGUUAUGCAAGUUGAUGAUGAGAAGGGAGAUGAAAAAGGUAGAAAAAGGGUCAGGUUAUCAUUGCGUUUGAGUGUGCUAUAUAAGGGCCUCACAUUAGAUGUUGUUCAAGAUGGAAUGGUUUUGAUAGCACAAGUUAGGAGUGUUGAGGACCAUGGAUAUAUUCUUCAGUUCGGCGUGCCAUCCUUUAGUGGCUUUCUCCCAAAGAUGGACAAUGGUGGUGUUCCGAUUUGUAGAGGACAAUUGUUACAAUGUGUUGUGAAGAGUGUUGAUAAAGCCCGAGCUGUUGUUUAUACAAGCUCUAGUGCUGAUUUGGAGUCUAAAUAUGUUACAAAGGAUUUAAAGGGGCUUUCGAUUGAUCUUUUGGUGCCCGGUAUGUUGGUUAAUGCUCAUGUUCACUCAACGCUUGAAAAUGGGAUUAGAUUAUCUUUCCUUACUUACUUUACCGGAACAGUAGAUAUUUUCCAUUUACAGAAUUCCUUUCCUACUGAUAAUUGGAAAAAUGACUAUACUCAGCGCAAGAAAGUAAAUGCUCGAGUAUUAUUUAUUGACCCUUCAACAAGAGCAGUUGGACUAACCUUGAAUCCUCACCUUGUUCAUUACAAGGCACCUCCAAUGCAUGUCAAAACUGGAGAAAUUUAUGAGAAGUCCUGUAUUUUGAGGAUUGAUGAGAAUUUUGGUCUUCUUCUAAAUAUUCCUUCUGCUCCUGAGCAUACUCCCGCAUAUGUACUUCGAUUUGAUGUAUCUGAUGAAGAGGUUCUUAAGUUGAAGAAGAAGUUUAAGCAAGGGGAUUAUGCUCGUCUUCGUGUUCUUGGGAUAAGGCAUUUAGAAGGUCUAGCAAUUGGAACCUUAAAGGCCAGUGCUUUUGAACGACCCGUUUUCACGCAUUCAGAUGUCAAGCCUGGGAUGUUGGCUAGAGCUCAAGUUAUUGUUGUGGAGUCAUUUGGUGCGAUUGUCCAGUUUGAAAGUGGUGUGAAGGCACUCUGUCCAUACCGACAUAUGUCAGAAUUUGAACGAGUAAAACCUACCAAGAAGUUCAAGGUUGGAGCUGAGUUUCUUUUUCGUGUGCUGGGAUGCAAAUCCAAGCGUAUUACUGUGACACACAAGAAGACUCUAGUUAAAUCAAAGCUUGGUAUUUUGGCUUCACAUGCUGAUGCUAUUGAGGGCUUAAUCACACAUGGAUGGAUUACCAAAAUUGAAAAUCAUGGUUGUUAUGUCAAAUUUUACAAUGGGAUUCUGGGUUUUGCCCCAAGAUCAGAGCUUGGCUUGGAUCCAGGAAGUGAACCAAAUACUGUUUAUCAUGUUGAGCAGGUUGUCAAAUGUAGGGUUACUAGCUCGGUUACUGCUUCACGAAUUAUCCGUGUUAGUUUUGUGAUUUCUCCUAAAAGGAUUAAUGAUACUGAUAUGGUGAAGAUAGGUAGCAUUGUUGGCGGUGUUGUUGAUAAGCUAACCCCUACUGCAGUUAUUAUAAAUAUUGAAACUUUUAGCCACUUCAGAGGUUUUAUCUCUUACGAACAUUUGGCAGACCACCAAGGGCAAGUUGCAUUGUUGAGAUCUUUGUUGAGGCCGGGAUUUGCAUUUGAUCAGCUUGUGGUGCUAGAUAUCAAUGGCAGCAAUUUAAUUCUUUCUGCAAAAUACUCGCUAGUUCAUUUUGUUGAGGACAUUCCUUCAGAUAUCACUAAUAUGCAUCCCUUGGCAGUUGUCCGUGGAUACAUCAGUAACAUAAUUGAAUCGGGCUGUUUUGUUCGUUUUUUGGGACGAUUGACCGGAUUCUCCCAAAAGAUUAGAGCUACUGAUCAUAGUGUUGGUAAUCUAUUGGAUGCUUUCUACAUUGGGCAAUCAGUUCGCAGUCAUAUAAUUAAUGUCGAUGAUGAAACUGGUAAGAUUAAACUUGCCAUGAAGCAGUCUUUAUGUUUCUCCACAGAUGCAUCUUAUAUCCAAAGUUAUUUUUUUGUGGAAGACAAGAUAUCAGCGUUGCAGUCUCUAGAUAGCAAAAUUUUGGAUUUGAACUGGGUCAAAGAUUUCAGUAUUGGUAGUGUACAUACGGGAAAGGUUCAAGAAAUAAAGGAAUUUGGAGUUGAACUUGUCUUUGAAAAAUAUGGGAACAUUGUAGGUUUUGUCUCUCAGCAUCAAUUGGGUGGAAUUAAUGUGGAGAAAGGAUCAAUUGUUAGAGCAUUUGUUUUGGAUAUUUCCAAGUCAGAGCGCCUAGUUGAUUUGUCUCUCAAGCCAGAGUUGAUCAACAGUCCAAAUGUGGUGCAGUAUGAUGUCCUUCCUCAAAUUUCUAGAAAGAAACGUCAAAGAUCAUCUUCUUUGGAUUUGGAGCUACACCAUACUGUAAAUGCUGCCGUUGAGAUUGUGAAAGAGAAUUACUUGGUGCUUUCACUUCCAGAGCAUGAUUAUGCAGUGGGAUAUGCAUCCGUGAUUGAUUAUAACACACAGAAAUUUCCUCACAGGCGCUUCUUUGAUGGUCAAAGAGUGAUAGCAACUGUUGAAGCUCUUCCAACUGCUGAUACGGGAGGAAGAUUACUCUUGCUCCUUAAAGCCCUUAGUGAAAUUUCUAAUUCUUCUAUUUCUAAAAGAGCCAAGAAAAUGUCUAACUACGCUGUAGGAUCACUUGUUGAAGCUGAGAUUAUUGACAUAAAAUCUCUUGAGCUGCUCGUAAAAUUUGGAUCUGGUUUUCAUGGGAAAAUACAUAUAACUGAGGUGGAUGAUGAUCGUGCUUUGGAGAACCCAUUUUCUAAUUUUCGCAUUGGGCAGUUGGUUAAUGCACGAAUUAUUGCAAAGGUUCCACAUACAGGAAGGAUUAAAAAUUCCUUCAAAUGGCUGUUAUCACUCAAACCUUCGAUUCUAAAAGGAAAUAUCGAAGCAGUAGGAUCCUCCAUUAAAAUUGAUGAAGUUUCAGUUGGUAGCAUUGUUAAAGGUUAUGUGAUAAAGGUUGACAAGGAAUGGGUACAAGUGUCAGUAACUCCACAUUUUAUGGCUAAUCUUUUUAUUCUUGAUAGUUCAUCCGAGCCUGAUGAGCUUCAAGAAUUUCAUAAAAGAUUUAGUGUUGGACAAGUUGUUACAGGGCAUGUUAUAAGUGUAAACAAAGAGAAGAAGAUGGUGCGGUUGUCAUCACACGCUUCAUUUGUUUGUAAAGCAACACUUGAGCAUGAAGCUGAGAAGAGUGAUAAUGAACAUAGCUUAAGUUCUAAUAACACUGAUAUGGAACAUAUAAGGAAUGGUGAUGUGAUUGGUGGUAGAAUUAAAACUAUACUUCCAAAUGUUGGUGGAAUAUUUGUGCAAAUUGGGCCCCAUCUUUUUGGCAAGGUUCAUUAUACUGAAAUUGCAGAUUCUUGGAUAGCCGAUCCUUCUUCUGGAUAUCAUGAAGGGCAGUUUGUGAAGUGCAAGGUUCUGGAGAUUAGUCGAUCUUCAACUGGCUUUGUGCAUGUUGAUUUGUCUUUACGUGCAUCGUUGACUGAUUCAUCCGAACUCUCAGGAGAAAAAAGGGAUCUAUCAAGCAAAAGAUUUGAGAAGAUUGAAGACCUUUAUCCUAACAUGGAAGUACAUGGUUAUGUUAAGAAUGUUACAUCUAGAGGAUGCUUUAUUAUGCUUUCACGAAAGCUAGAUGCUAGAAUCCUCUUAUCAAAUUUGUCAGACGGGUUUGUGGAAAAUCCUGAUAAGGAUUUCCCUGUUGGGAAAUUAGUGUGCGGAAGGGUGCUUAUUGUGGAGUUUUCAUCGAAGAGAGUGGAUCUAACCUUUAAGAAAAAUGUUGAUAGUCAAUUACCAAAACCUGAUCUAUGUAGCUUUUCAAAUUUACACGUUGGAGAAGUUGUUUCUGGACAUAUUAGACGUGUAGAAAAAUUUGGUUUGUUCAUAGCAAUUGAUGGAACCAGCCUGGUUGGUCUAUGCCACAGUUCAGAACUUUCUGACGAUCAAAUUGAGCAUAUUGAAACCAAAUAUAGAGCUGGUGAACGGGUUGAAGCAAAAAUUUUAAAGGUUGAUGAAGAAAGGCAGCGGAUAUCACUUGGAAUGAAAAAAUCUUAUGUUGAAGAAGCCAAGAAUUCUGAAGUUUCUGGCACUAGUGCUACGAUGGACUUAACACUGCCGGCAUUGAAGCAAGGAGACCUGCCAUGCAUUAAAGACAUAUCUGAUCAACAAAAUGAUGGCGUGGCAGCCAUUCUGUCGCUUGCAGAGUCGAGAGCUUUAGUGCUACCAUUACAAGUUUCUCUUGAUGAUUCAGAGAACACUCAUAUGGAGAAUGUCGUUGUUGCAAACCAAGGAAAUGCUAAUGAAGCAACGGAGAUUGAGAAGAGGAAAGAUAGAUACAAGAAAAAAAAGGAAAAGCAGGAGAGAGAACUUGAGAUACGUUUGUCUGAGGAGAGACGUUUGCAAAAUGAUAUACCAGAGACCGUUGAUGAUUUUGAAAAGUUAGUGAGAAGCUCCCCAAAUAGUAGUUUCUUUUGGAUAAAAUACAUGGAGUACAUGUUAGCUCAAGCAGAUGUUGAGAAGGCGCGCUCCAUUGCUGAAAGGGCUUUAAAAACAGUUAUCUUCCAAGAAGAAGGAGAGAGGCUUAAUAUAUGGGUGGCUUAUUUCAAUCUUGAAAAUGCAUAUGGGAAUUCACCGGAGGAGGAUGUUGAAAGAGUCUUUAAAAGGGCUUUGCAAACGUGUGAUACAAAGAAGUUGCAUUUAGCCCUUCUCGGGCUGUAUGAAAGAACAGAACAAAAUAAGCUAGCUGAUGCUUUACUGGAUAAAAUGACUAAGAAAUUCAAAAAUUCUUGCAAAGUCUGGUUAUGUCGUGUGCAACACUUUCUGAAGCUUGGAAAAGAUGGCAUUCAGUCUGUUAUUAAUCGUGCUCUACUAAGCCUUCCAGCGAAAAAACACAUAAAAUUCAUCUCUCAUACUGCUAUUCUGGAAUUUAAAUGUGGAGUACCUGACAUGGGAAGGUCCCUGUUUGAAGGCAUAUUGCGUGAACAUCCAAAGAGAACUGAUAUAUGGAGUAUUUACUUGGAUCAAGAAAUUCGCUUGGGAGACCAUGAAGUGAUAAGAGCUUUGUUUGAAAGAGCUACAUGUUUGAGUCUUCCUGCAAAGAAAAUGAAGUUUUUGUUCAAAAAAUAUCAUUCUUAUGAAGAAUCCCAAGGAGACCAAGAAAGGAUUGAGCAUGUCAAGCAGAAAGCUCUGCAGUAUUUGGAGAGUUCUUAUUGAAAAUUAAAAUAGCUCCAGUGGCUCACUUCCUGUAGCUUUUUGUAUUAAUCAAAUUAUUCGCUUCUAUAUGUAUAUUUAUUUAAUAAUUUAUUUAUUUAUUUUGCUCA